GUCAAUGCCGCUCUGUGACUGCCCUGAACAUCUUUCCUACACAGAGAACCCCUGCUCCUCACUCACUCAGUACCUGCCGACGCUCCUCAGAUACUGCAGUUUCUACAGUGAAGACAAGCGUUGAUGAGUUAUGCAGAGGUGACAGCGAUAGUGCCGACCUCCCCCAGGGUGGGGGAACAGCAGUGGAGACAUUAAUAUCUAUGAUGAUGUGAAAUUCUUUCAGGAACCUCUUCUGUGACAUCUUCCAGACACAGGAGGUUAAUGGUAGGCGUUUUGAAUCCAUUGCUUGAGAUGAACCCAGCAAUAAUCCACCAUAGCCCUUGUCUCUUUAUGAGCUGUGUACGAGCUGGGAGGGUGGGGGAGAGAACUGGACACUGUAGGCAGAGACACACACAGUCAUAGAGUCAAGCAGGGUAGAUACCUGUCUGUUUCUCAGGAAUGUGUGUUUUCCAGUACAAAAAAAGUCCGUGCAUCAAGUAGGAAAAACAUCAGAACUUAGCGCUGGAAAUUGAGAGUGCAGGUGGGGUGGGCAUAGCCCGUCUUAGCAACUCUUUGAACCGAUUGGCAAAUGUGCCCUGUCUGGAGCCUGACUUCUCACAUCUUAGCCAUCCUCACCUGGCUUUCCAACUUCACUGUCAUCUGUUCCUCGGGGUCCGGCCCCAACCAUGAGAGGGGCGAACCGGUCGGGCGUCUCCGAGUUCCUCCUCCUGGGGCUCUCCAGGCAGCCCCAGCAGCAGCAGCUGCUCUUCGUGCUCUUCCUGACCAUGUACCUGGCCACGGUCCUGGGAAACCUGCUCAUCCUCCUGGCCGUCGGCGCGGACUCCCGCCUGCACACCCCCAUGUACUUCUUCCUCAGCACCCUGUCCUUCGUGGACGUCUGCUUCUCUUCCACCACCGUCCCCAAGAUGCUGGCCAACCACAUACUCGGGAGUCAGAGCAUCUCCUUCUCCGCGUGCCUCACGCAGAUGUAUUUUGUUUUCAUGUUCGUGGACAUGGACAAUUUCCUCCUGGCUGUGAUGGCCUAUGACCGCUUUGUGGCCGUAUGCCGCCCCUUACACUACACAACGAAGAUGACCCCCCAGCGCUGUGCCCUGCUGGUCGCUGUGUCGUGGGUCAUUGCCAACCUGAAUGUCCUGUUGCACACCCUGCUGAUGGCUCGACUCUCGUUCUGUGCAGACAAUGCCAUCCCCCACUUCUUCUGUGAUGCGACUCCCCUCCUGACACUCUCCUGCUCUGACACACGCCUCAACGAGGUGAUGAUUCUGACUGAGGGGGCCCUGAUCAUGAUCACCCCAUUUGUUUGCAUCCUGACUUCGUAUAUCCACAUCGCCAGUGCCGUCCUGAGAGUCCCAUCCCCAAAGGGAAGACGGAAAGCCUUCUCCACCUGUGGCUCCCACCUGGCCGUGGUUUCCCUCUUUUACGGCACCAUCAUCGCGGUGUAUUUCAACCCUUUGUCCUCACACUCGUCUGUGAAGGAUGCUGCAGCUACUGUGAUGUACACGGUGGUGACCCCCAUGCUGAACCCCUUCAUCUCCAGCCUGAGGAACAGGGACUUGAAACGGUCCCUGCUAAAAAUGACUGGCAGGAACACACACUCUUCCUGAUGAGAGUACAAGGGGCUUAUCCUUCCCAGGCGUAUUCAUCUUUGCCAACUCAUUUACGUGUAGCAAUCUACUUGUUAAAGUAACUGCAAACAACUUACAAUAAAACUCUCAAUAGAUACUUAACAGUGGACUCGGACUUAAGUACAGCCAUGCUCCUUUAAACAGGUAAUUAUAUUUGCUUCUACAUACUGUAUUUCAAACUAUG